GAUUCUAUGUCAAAUAAUCAAACGUCAAAAACCUCCCGUGGAUAUAAUGAUGUGAUUUAUUGAUAGUGAAAUUAUGUAGAAAAUAACUUAAUAAUUCGAAAGAUUUAUUGGAUUUAUUUAUAAAAUGAGUUUUUUAUUUGGUAGUCGUUCUUCGAAAACGUUCAAACCGAAGAAGAACAUACCCGAAGGUACUCAUCAGUAUGAGUUGAUGAAACACGCUGCGGCCACUUUGGGUUCGGGUAAUUUACGUCUAGCCGUGAUGCUCCCCGAAGGGGAGGAUUUGAACGAAUGGGUGGCGGUGAAUACCGUGGAUUUUUUUAACCAAAUCAACAUGUUAUACGGUACAAUAACGGAGUUUUGUACUGAAGAUAGUUGUUCUAUAAUGUCUGCCGGACCGAAAUACGAAUACCAUUGGGCCGACGGACAUACAGUUAAAAAACCCAUCAAAUGUUCCGCGCCCAAGUACAUCGAUUAUUUGAUGACUUGGGUGCAGGAUCAAUUAGACGACGAAACGUUGUUUCCUUCGAAAAUAGGCGUACCGUUUCCGAAAAAUUUCCAAUCCAUUGCAAAAACGAUUCUGAAACGAUUGUUUCGUGUUUACGCCCAUAUUUAUCACCAGCAUUUCAGCGAGGUGGUUCAAUUAGGCGAAGAAGCCCAUUUGAAUACCUCCUUUAAACAUUUCAUCUUUUUUGUGCAGGAAUUUAAUCUAAUCGAACGAAGAGAGUUGGCCCCCCUUCAAGAAUUAAUCGAAAAAUUGACUGCUAAAGAAACUAGAUGAAUUUGAAUAUAUUUAUUUCAUGUGCUUCUUAUUACGACAUAUUUUUUUCGAAUUACGUUAAGAAAAAGUUUAUUUUCGACAGAAAAAAACGUGAAUAUUUUUUUUUAUAACUUAUUAUGUUUCUACUGUUAUAUAUUUAUAUAUACGAACGCUAUUUGUUAGACAUAUUUUUUUAUAAAUGCUUAUAUCUUUUAGCUCUAGCUCAUAUUAAAUAAAAAUAGUAUAUAUUUAGUCGUAUUUUUUAGCAAUAACGUUGUAAUUUUUAAUUUGUGUUUUGAAUUAUAAUAAAGAAUGAAAAAAUCUUUAC